AUGCAACUGAAGAAUACCGGUGAUACAAAGUUCCACAACAGUAACUCAAGUGCUGAAUACGAUUUGUAUGACUAUAGCAGAUCAGAGGAAUAUCCUGAGAAUCCACGCCAUAUUGCAACAAAAACAUUUGCCCCAACGACAACAACGACAACAACAACCGAAAAUCAGAAGGUGCAGCAGACGACUGCUGAAGCGCAGCAGUCGGCAACCAAAACAGCUACUUAUCCAACACUGGUACUCCUCGAUCCAGAAUUCCCAUUUCAGGCUUCGUUUCAGAAUCCAUUUCUGAUUGAUACAUCGUUAUUCACUGAGGUGCCUCCUGCGACUGAACAGACAGAUAGCGUUGCAGUGGCAUCCGGUGCUACCACCGCCAAACCAGCAGACAGUGUUUUUUUCAACGAAGUGGACGAUUUCAGCAACAGCGUUUCACCUGUUUCUAACGGUACCAGAAUUGAAUUCUCGAUGGAUGACGCUGAAAAGUCACAAUUAACAAAAAAUGAAAAUUCGACGAAUGAAAGCAUUUUGGAGAGUAAAGCUACGAGUUUUAGCACUGAAGUAAAUUCCACUACCACGGAGUUGCCGGCGACUGAAGAUACAGAGUUACGGUCGGUGAGGGUAGCAAAUUCGUGGGUCGAAAGAGGUUUUAGUAGUACAACACAAUUAUCAACGGCGGAUACUGUAGAUUCGACAUUAAAUUCUAGCGCUGUCGAAUUUUCGAAAGGUGCCGCUUUAGAACUGACACUAGGGAAUCCUGCUGAUUCCAGCAUUGAGUUAUUGGCUGCUGAUUCUAGCACCGCUGAUGCUGAACUUCAGACUGCCAAUUCUAGCACCACAACAUCCACUAGCAUCGUGGGGAGUCGUGCUGUAGAUUUUAGUGCCCAAGCAAAUUCUGACGUCACCGAAAACUUGAUGAAGGGUACCACGGAACUGCAUUUAAAGAAGAUGACAAACUUCGCGAACGAAGGAGACAUCAGCGUCGUUGAAGUCCCGGAUGAUGAGCUCGCGGCGUCUCGCCUGACGAAAGGUAUAGGUACCAGUGGAGCAGCAACCCGAACUACUGUUAAGUUCCUGCCGAAGCUUGCUGCAGAAUCCAAAUUGCUCAAAACCGCGGAUUCUGCCCAUAUUACGACCGAAGCCAAAAUGCAACACAUCACAGAGAAAGGCUCGAAUCCAGAAAUGUGGCACCGAACACAGCAACAACAACCCAGGAGUGAAACUACACUCUCUGCUCCCGGACUUCCUGCACUACCAUCAGUUGCGACUCCUACAACUCCACCGACAAGGAUUCCUGAAUUUUCGUUAACUGGGCUUCAUGUACUACCAGCAACCGCAUUUCCUAAACUCCUAGCAACCAGAACUUCAGUUCCGCAGCCAGCUACCACUACUCAUAAAGUAUUCAGGAUCACCGGAGAACACCUAGUUAUAGGUGGUAAAAAAUUACGAACUUCAAAAAAAAUUCUGGUGCAGUCGAAUGGAAAUGAACCGUUAAGCGAUGCGCAAAUUCGGACGGUUAAUAAACUGGAAACUGAAAAUAAGCAAAUUUUAAGAAAUUUGGUUAAUCGAAAAGCGCGAUUAAUAAGCCAAUUGGUCCGGAAAAAACUGUUCAAAAACGAAACACAACUUGUUCGCGACAAUUAUUUUGGACCGGAU